CAAAGAAGACAGGAGUGGGGUGGACUUCAAAUUUGAGAGAAAGGAAAGAGAGGAGGGAAAGUUGAGCUUAGAAGAGAGAGAUGGUGAAGGCAAAGUGCUACACGGGUGGAAAGAUUAAUAGGGGAGCAUGGACGGCUGAUGAAGAUGAAAGACUGAGGGAGUACUUAAAGGUCCAUGGAGAAAAGAAAUGGAGAUCUUUGCCUGCUAGGGCAGGGCUAAACAGGUGUGGUAAGAGCUGUCGGUUGAGAUGGCUGAAUUACUUGAGGCCUGAUAUUAAGAGAGGGAAUUUCUCAGAAGAUGAGGACGAUUUGAUCAUAAGACUUCAUAAUUUACUUGGAAACAGAUGGUCGUUGAUAGCUGGAAGACUACCAGGACGAACUGAUAAUGAGAUCAAGAACCACUGGAAUACUCAUUUGAGCAAAAAGUCAUUAACAAUGAGUGAACUAAACCAAAAAGUAAAUAAAAAAACUGAAGAAAAAGAACAUCAGGAUCGCACCAUCGAGCACCCGUCCGUGCAAGAGGUUGCAAGCUCAAGUGCAGCGAGUGGUUCGAGCCCUUGGAAUCUUCCAGAAUGCGGAGACUUCGACAUCGACAAGUUUUUUGACUUUACAGAAACCCAAUUGGUAGAAGAAAACACAGUUUGUUAUAAUAAUAAUAACAGUAGUGUUAAUAAUGGUAAUAUUACAUACACAAAUGACAAUAGAUUUAAUAAUGAAGAUGACUAUUUGGAAGAUUUAGAUAUGCUAUUAGGAAGUGAAAAUGUGGAGGGACCGGAUACAAUGUUGGAAUGUGAAUCUUGGAGCCCACUGUGUAAUUAUUUGAUGGGACUGGACGAAUAGUCUCCUGUCCAUAGAGAUCAAUGUAAAUACUUCUUCUUUUGCUUC